AUGGACAAAGGAGAAAAUCAAAUUUUUCGCACGUUGUCGGUGGGUCUGUUCAGUCCGAGGCUGGACGAUGAAAGCGUCAAAGCGAUCAUUUACAAAGAGUUCCGGAAAUUCGGCGAGUACAUGAUAUGCGUCAUGAAGAACCCCAUCGGAUUGAAAUUCGCCCACACCCAGUUCAGAUACUACGAGGACGCCAUGAACGUCAGGCUGGCCUACAAGAACAAAGACUUAGAUUUCGAACCUGGCAUCUGCGUGGACAUCGUCAACGACGAGUAUACCAGAGAAAAAAAGUUGUACCCACCGCCGGGAAUCAGAUCUUCGCCGCCUAUCAUUCCCGGAAAGAUGGAUUAUAGACACAAAGAUUUUCCAUUAAAUCCCGACAUGCCAACAAUGAAAAAUUCAUACAGAAAUGACAAGCAUUUUCAUUUUCAUGAUGAUUCAGAUGAGAAGAAUGCUACAAGAACCUUGUUCAUAGGCAACUUGGAUUACGAGAUAACUGCAGAAGAGUUGGCCACUAUAUUUGGCAGGUAUGGCAUAGUUGAGGACAUUGAUAUUAAACGGUCGACACUGCAAAUGCACAGCAGCGUGUAUGCCUUCAUUAGAUUUGUGAAUUUAGAAAUGGCAAGAAGAGCCAAAGCAGAAAUGUCGGGGCAAUAUAUCAGAAAAUUUCAGUGUCGCAUAGGGUACGGCAAACAUGUUCCUUCAAAUUGCUUGUGGGUUGGAGGUCUUGGUCCCCAGACUACAAGAGAAGAUCUUGACAAAUGUUUUGGCAGUUUCAAUCCGCUGAAGGUUGAAUGGUCACCAGGGAGGUAUUAUGCAUAUAUAAUCUUUGGAUCUCUUGAGCAGGCCACAUCUGUGCUGAACACCUUGCAGGGCCACGAGAUCAACCCUGGCUGUUUCAUUAGGUUGGACUACUCAGAUGAAAACCACAUAACAAUGUUGAUGAGUUCACAGAACUUGGCAAAGUCUCAAGAUGAUAAAGGUAAUGUUUCACCUGCCCAUAUAGUUAAUUCCACAGCUUCAUCAAUGCCGAAUGCUGUCAACAGUUCUAAUUUAAUAACAAUAAAAGCUCCGAACAAAGUAUUUGACGUCAUUCCUCAAAAUUUGAAAAUUAUUUUAUCGGAGGUUGAUAAUUUGAAGAGCCUAGCAAAGAACCUUCAAGUCAUCUGGGAAGGGAACCUCGCUGCGAAACUGUCCACCUUCCCCAUAAAAAUCCACAUGCAGUGCGGUCAUGUGAAGUUGAUCGAUGACCUCUUGAAGGGACUGACUACCCUCAAGUUUAACAAACUCUUACAAAUCGACAGCCCCACCUUCCCAAGUGUGAUAAACUUCAUCAACAGUGACGAUUCAGAAUGCAGUUUACUUUUUGCGGUCUCAUCUGAAGAAACAAAACCAGAAAACAGCGAGAACAUCAAACCAUUCAAAUCACUGCUGGCCUAUUUGAAGAAAAAACAAUCAGUCGGUGUCACUUUACUGCCAGAUAACUCAUCUCCAGACAAAAUAAAAGGAGUGAUACAUUGGUUUGCACCUGAACUCCACACGAAGGACUUGAUUCAAGUUCUAUGCCCUAAAAUUUCAGAAGACUCAUUACUAAAACAAGAAUAUUUAUUUGCUGUGCUAAGCUCUGUGACAAUUCAACAAUCAUAA